AUGGAAGAAUCAAUAACAAUAGCUGUUGAUUGUUAUGGUGAAUGGAUUGAGAAAAACAAUCGAUUUAUUUGGCGUUGGAAGGUUGGUGACAUGUCAGAGUCAGUAUUGAUGACCGUCCAAAGGGAUAUUUUGUAUAAUGAUUUUGUGAACUCAAUCAUUAGCUAUUGUGGACUAAAUUGUCAACCAAAUGAUCUUGUCAUCAGUUACAUGCACAAGUCUUUUGAAAAUCAAAGGGUCCUGCCUUUUAAGAUAAGCAAUCAACUUCGUUUGAGUGCUUAUCUGAGUGAUGCAACUCUAUCCGUUUUAAGGGUGUACGUUGUUGAAAAACCGAUAGAGAAUGAAAAUGUAGGACAAGACCAACAAAAUCUGUUAAAUGAUGAAUUGAAUGAGAUGAACAUGAAUAUUCUAGAUGAUGAGAUUGGACAUGAUGUGGAGGAGGACCAAACACCUACACUUAUUGUUGAUGUAGGGGACAGUUCUCAGUUAAAACAGUUGAACAAUCUUCAAGAUGAUGAGACAGGUUUUUACAUAGGAAUGACAUUCAAGAACAAAGACGAACUAGUCACUUCAUUGCAUAUUGCUUGCUUGAAAAAAGAUUUCAGACUUGCAAAGGUGAUUAAUUCGCGUAGUGUGUAUUGUUUUAAAUGCGCAUAUCCAGAGUGCAAGUGGUGGUUGAGGGCUGUGAAAUUCAAAAGUUCUGACAGAUUUUGUAUUAAAAUUUAUAAAAAGUAUCACACAUGUGGUUCAGAGCAUAUUACGAGUCAUAAUCCACAUGCCACAGCAAAAGUCCUUGGUAAAUACUUCAAAAAUAGCUUUCCUAAUGGUAAAGGUCCAUCUACAAGAGAUAUGACCAAUAAACUCCGUACAAAAUUGGGUUGUAAGGUGAGUUAUUGGAAGAUAUAUAAGGGUAGGGAGAUUGCAAAGUCUUUGGUUAGGGGAACACAUGAGCACGGGUAUGGAGUGCUUGAUGCAUACCGCUAUAUGCUUGAGUCCGCAAAUCCAGGAAGUAAGACGGCAUUGCAGGUUGAUGAAAAUGGAAAGUUCAAGUACUUUUUUGUAGCCUAUGCGGCUUGGAUUCAAGGUUUUCAACAAUUGAGAAAAGUCAUAGCCGUUGAUGGGACAUUCUUGAAGAGCAAGUAUGAAGGAGUUUUACUAUCGGCGGUGGCGCAAGAUGCAGAGAAUCAUAUUUUUCCAGUGGCUUUUUGUGUAGUGGAUAAAGAAUGUGAUGCCUCAUAUCAAUAUUUUUUUGAACAAAUGAGAAGUUAUGUAGAUGAUACCGAUGAGCUGUGCAUAAUUUCUGAUAGGCAUUCAAGUAUUCGAAAGAUGGUUUCAAUUGUGUAUCCAUCAGCUCAUUAUGGUUGUUGCAUGAGGCACCUUGGAGAAAAUAUUCGAAACAAUUUUCACAAUGCAAAGGUCGUAUCUCAUUUUUAUAAUGCAGCGAAAGCGUACAAUAAAGUUGAGUUCUAUGACCAUUUCAAUCAGAUAAGGGAUAUGGUACCCAAAGCAGCCGAACAUCUCGAAUCAGUUGGAUUUCAUAGAUGGAGCAGGGCAUUUUGCCCGGGAAAUAGGUAUAAUAUUAUGACCUCAAACAUUGUUGAAUCCGUGAAUGCGAUGUUUGAAGUUGAAAGAGAAUUUCCUAUCGUAGCUUUGUUUUACGAAAUAAAUAUGAGAUUUGCAAAAUUAUUUCACGAAAGACGUAUGGAGUUGGUCAACUCACCAAACAUAUUUGUUCCUUCAAUGGAAAAACAAAUAUCAAAGAAUAUCAAUUUGGGAAAUAAGUUAUUGGCCCAUCAAAUAGCCAAUUACAGGUUUAGUAUCAACGGUCAUGGUGAUGUUGCCACGGUCGAUCUUCAAAGAAGAAUGUGCACAUGUAGAGUUUUUGACUUGGACAAAAUACCUUGUCCACAUGCUAUGGCAGCGCUUCGAUCCCAAUAUGGUGCACAUUUUGGAAAUCAGAUCUAUGAGUACUCGUCUUCAUAUUAUUCGGUGGAAAAAUACAUAAUUGCAUAUUGUGAGGAAAUUAAUCCGGUGCCUCCUGAAGAUUCUUGGAUUGUUCCUUUGGAGAUAUUGGAGAGAGAAAUACCUCCUCCAUAUGUUGACCCAAGCAAACUGGGAAGAAGGCGAACGAAGAGGAGGCGUGGAAUGACUCAUCCAAUGGAAAUAAUCAAGCAUAUAUACUCAUCUGUUGUAAUGGAUGCUUCAUCUGUUGCAAUUUAUGAGCAUCAGUUGCAACAGAUGAGCAUAUAUGUUUGA